UCCAGACAGCAGCUGCUGCCAUAGAAACCAACACAUCUGCCUCCAGUCAGUCACUGGUCAGCCCGACGUCCAACCAGACGUCCAAACAGACGUCCAAACAGACGUCCUACAGCAUGGGGAGGACAGUAAAUGCCUCACUGACCUUCAGCUCAGACCAAUCAUCUGCAGUUGUAGCACCAUCAAGUCCAACAAGAACAAUGCCAUCCAGUCAGUCACCAACAACUACAGCAUCAACCAGCCAAUUACCAGGAAGCACAACACAAACUAGCCAAUCAUCGACAGCUACAACAUCAAUCAGCCAAAUACCAAGCAGAACAACACAACCUAGCCAACCAUCCGGCAGCACAACACAAACUAGCCAAUCACCAACAACAUCAGCAUCAACCCGCCAAUUACCAGGAAGCACAACACAAGCUAGCCACUCACCAACAGCAUCAGGAUCGAACAGCCAAUCACCAGCCAGAACAUCACAAACUAGCCAAUCACAAACCACCACAACACAAAUUAGCCAAUCACCAGGGAGCACAACACAUGCCAGCCAGUCACCAGGCAGCACAACACCAACUAGCCAAUCAUCAACAACCAUAACAUCAACUAACCAAUCAUCAACAACCACACCAUCAACUAGCCAAUCACAAGGCAGAACAACGCAUACCAGUGAAUCACCGGCAAGAACAACACAACCCAGCCAAUCAUCAACAACCAUAGCAUCAACCAGCCAAUCACCAGGCAGAACAACACAACCCAGUCAAUCACCAACAACCAUAGCAUCAACCAACCAAUCACCAGGCAGAACAACACAACCCAGCCAAUCAUCAACAACCAUAGCAUCAACCAGCCAAUCACCAGGCAGAACAACACAACCCAGUCAAUCACCAACAACCAUAGCAUCAACCAACCAAUCACCAGGCAGAACAACACAAUCCAUUCAAUCACCAACAACCACAACAUCAACUAGCCAAUCACCUGGCAGCACAGUGCACACCAGUCAAUUGUCAACAACUGCAACGCUGAACAGCCAAUCAUUAGGCAGAACAACACAAGCCAGUCAGUCGGCAACCAAGACAGAAUCAUUUAGCCAAUCACAAACCCGCCCAGUACUAGCGAGCCAAUCACUGACCACCACAGAAUCAACAGGCCAAUCACCAGACCACAAAGCACGUAUCAGACAUUCAGCAACAACCAAAGCACCAUCUGGUCAAUCAACAACCACCACAGUAAUAUCCAACCAAUCACCAACCACCACAGCACCAUCUAGCAGGUCUCCAACAUCCACAGUCACAAUAAAACAAUCACCAGCCAAAACAACUGAAUCUGGCCAGUCACAAAGCAGCUCAAGUCCAUCCAGCCAAUCACCAGGCACCACAACACCAGCCAGGCAAACAUCAGCUAUAAGGACAUCACCCGGCCAAUCACAGACCAGCACAGCAACAUCAAGUCAAUCACCAAGAAGCACAGAGCCAGCCAGUCAAUCACCAACCAACACAUCAUACGAUCAAUUAAAGUCCAGCCAAUCAUCAACUGCACUCAGCCAAUCACCACCAUCAAAUCAACCCUUACUAUCCUCACAUUCUUCAAAUCAACCACCACCUAAUGAGUCUAUGACCAUCUCAGACACUUCACACCACAUAUCACAUAGUUUGACAUCUAUUAACCAAUCGCUGCCACAUUCUGCACCAUCUGACCAAUCACUGACCAGCUCAGCAACAUCAAACCAAUCAUCACCUGGAAACUCAGAUUUUUCGCCAGAGGAGCGUCCAGUUAAUGUUUCCCUACUCACCAGGCACGCGAAGGAAGCCCUCAGGUCGUCGUUUCCACGGAUUCCAGGUGAUCCUUGUGUGUUUCCCUGCCUGAACGGAGGGCAGUGUGUUCAGCUGGAGUCAUGUGACUGCAGCAUGUAUCAGGCCACAGGUCACAGAUGUCAGACAGUUCCAAACCCUGGCUUUGAGAGGGAGAUGACGUGUCGAUCUUGGGGUCAGUACAACUUUGAGACCUUCGACGGCCUCUACUUCUACUUCCCUGGCAGAUGCACCUACACGUUACUGAGGGACUGUGAGGAGACCACGCAGGCCAGCAUGGUCGUCCAGGUCCACAAUGAUCCCGGCUGUAGCUCUGCCCCCUAUACCUGCCAGCGCUCCAUCAGUCUCUUCCUGCCGUGGGAAGGCGAGGUCCGGCUGCAUGCCACCAACGUGACCUUCAAAGGCCAAAUUUUGCAGCUGCCUCAUCACAUCCAUGACCUGCAGCUGGAGCAGAUCUCCCAGUAUGUUCUGGUAACGCAGCAGCAUGGCUUCACGCUGGCCUGGGAGGGACGCAGUGGCUCCGUCUACAUCAAACUCAGCCCAGAGUUUGUGGGAAGAACUUGCGGAUUGUGUGGUAAUUUCAACGCUGACGUCCAGGAUGACCUGAAGACGAGCUACGGUGUGCUGACUCAUGAAAUAGAAAUGUUUGGGAAUAGCUGGGUGGAGGUGGAUCCACACCAGGACCGAUGUCCAGCGGUGCCCUCUGGUUUCGCUUCACCUUGUGCUGCAGUCGAUGCUCAAGUCCUGCUGAAAGUGGACGAGGUGUGUGCCAUGCUGCUGGAGCCGCCAUUUCAGAGCUGCCACGACUUUGUGAGCCCGCUGUCCUACAUGGCCAGCUGCUCCAACGACCUCUGCAUGUCGGGUCCCAACGGCGAUGUGGUAUGCCAGGUGUUCAGCGAGUACGCCCGGGCCUGCGCCCAUGCUGACCACCCACUGCACGACUGGAGGCAGCACAUUCCUCAGUGUGCGAAGCAGUGUCCUCGAGGGCUGCAGUACAGGGAAUGCAUCAGCUGCUGCCCGGCGUCCUGCAAUCUGGAGCGAACGUGCAUCGACAGCAAGCUGGCCUGCCUCGAUGGAUGCUAUUGUCCCGAUGGUCUGAUAUAUGAGGAUGGAAGCUGUGUGACGCCAUCCGACUGUCCCUGCGAGUACCACGGCAUGUUUUAUCCAUCUGGCCAAACGCUGCAGGAGGAAUGCAAUAACUGCACAUGCAUGGGUGGAGUGUGGAACUGCACCGACUACAGCUGCCCAGGUGAAUGCUCGGUGACGGGCGAUAUGUAUUUUCAGUCCUUUGAUGGGCGGAUCUACACUUUCCCAGCCACAUGUCAGUACGUCCUCGCUAAAAGUCGCAGCUCAGGAAGGUUCACUGUCACCGUCCAGAACGCCCCCUGUGGAGCUAAUUUGGAUGGGGCCUGCAUCCAAUCAGUUAACCUGGUUAUUGACGAGGAUCCAAGAACGGAGAUUACACUGAGUCACGUUGGAGAAGUCUUCAUGGCCGGACAGUACCGCAUCUCCCUGCCCUAUUCUGACGAUAUCUUCCACAUCCAGGAGCUGUCGUCGAUGUUCCUGCAGGUGCGGACGACGUUCGGCCUGCGACUGCAGUACAGCUGGAGGGAGUUUCGCCUCUACCUGCAGGCCGACGAGCUGUGGAAGGACGACACGGUGGGGCUGUGCGGCACCUUCAACGGCAACAUUCAAGAUGACUUCCUAUCUCCAUCUGGUAUGAUAGAAAGCACUCCUCAGCUGUUUGGAAACGCCUGGAGGGUCUCGUCAGCCUGUUCGUCCAGCCUGAGCACACCUCAACUAGACCCCUGUGAUACACACCAGCAGGCCGUGACCUACGCCUCAGAGAUGUGCGAUGUGCUGAACCAGGAUCUGUUCUCCGCCUGUCACGAGUACCUCAGUCCGACACCCUUCCAUCAGCAGUGUCGCUCAGACACCUGUAAAUGUGGGACGCCGUGUCUCUGCUCUGCGUUGGCCCACUACGCUCGCCACUGCCGCCGAUUCUCCGUCAUCAUCGACUUUCGAUCGCACGUCCCUGACUGUGCCGCCACCUGUCCUGUCACCAUGCAGUACGGCACCUGUGUGUCGUCCUGCCAGCGCCGAUGCUCCUCCCUUUCCAUCCCGCUACACUGUGGGGAGGAGUGUGAGGAGGGCUGUGUCUGUCCUCUGGGGUCCUUCUACAACCACCGAACACACACCUGUGUCCACAGGAGCGAGUGUCCUUGCAGUUUCCUCGGAGCAGAUUAUGAACCAGGAGAUGUGAUCAUGACGUCAGCAGGUGUUCAGCUCUGUCUGAACGGUAAACUGGUGUCUCAAACAACAGACACUGACAGGUUGUGUCCAGCUGGUCAGCUCUACCUGAACUGUUCAGAGGGGGAGGACCGCCUCCGACCUGGAAGGGGCGUGGCCUGCGAGCGCACCUGUGAGUCCUACCUGCUCAACCUCACCUGCUCGACUCAUGAGCCCUGCGUCCCCGGAUGUGCCUGCCCUCCUGGCUUGUUGAAACAUGGAGACGAGUGCUUUGAACCCGACGCCUGCCCUUGUCUGUGGAAAGGAAAAGAGUAUUAUCCCGGCGACAGGGUGUCCUCCCCCUGCCACCAGUGCGUUUGCCAGCACGGGACGUUCCAGUGUGUGUUUCGUCCGUGUCCGUCCAUGUGCACGGCCUACGGCGAUCGACACUACAGGACGUUUGAUGGACUGCUGUUUGACUACGUUGGUGCAUGCAAAGUCUAUCUUGUGAAGAGCAGCGCAGAUGUGAUGCUCAGUGUUACAGCUGAGAACGUCGACUGCUUCGACAGUGGAGUCAUCUGCAGGAAAUCGCUGCUGAUCAACAUCGGCAGAUCCUUCGUCGUGUUUGAUGACGACACCGGGAAGCCAAAUCCGUCCAGUGUGAUCGACAGGAAGCAGAGGAUGUUCAUCUGGCCAGCUGGAUACUUCACAGUCAUUCAUUUCCCAGAUGAAGAUGUCACCAUCCUCUGGGACCGCAAGACCACCGUCCACAUCCAGGUUGGACCUCGCUGGCAGGGGAAGCUGAGCGGACUGUGUGGAAACUUCGACCUGAAGACGGUGAACGAGAUGCGAACACCCGACAACAUCGACUCCCCAACGCCACAGGAGUUUGGAAACAGCUGGACAGCAACAGAAUGUGUGAACAGUCCAGAUAUCAGACACCCCUGCAGCCUCAGUCCACUCAGAGAACCUUUUGCAAAGCGUCAGUGUGCCGUCCUGCUCAGCGAGGUCUUCCAGGCCUGCCACCCAGUGGUGGAUGUUACCUGGUUCUACAUGAACUGUCUGGCAGACACAUGUGCCUGCAGCCGUGGAGGUGAUUGUGAGUGUUUCUGCACCAGCGUGGCGGCAUACGCUCAGCGCUGCUGCCAUCAGGGCGUCCCGGUGGACUGGCGCUCCCCUUCAAUGUGCCCGUAUGAUUGUGAAUUCUUCAACAAAGUUCUGGGUAAAGGUCCCUUCAGGCUCUUUGCCUUCAGGGAUCGGACGGCGCUGUUGGCGGCCAGCAGGUCCGGCGGCUCCGUGUUCCUGCAGCGAAGCAACAUCAGCUCAACCGCCGCCUCCGGCAUCCUCUCUCAGUUCAUGAUGACGCCGGGCCUCAGCAGAGCUCGACCACACGAUUCUUCGCGGGUUUCCUUUGAGGCGGCCGACAGACCGAACUACUUCCUGUACGUGAGCGCCAGCGGCCAGGUGAGGCUGGCCAAGUGGGAGGACAGAGAGGCCUUCUGGGACGGCGCCACCUUCGUCCUCCACAGGAACACCUGGAUCGCGGGCUACGACUCGCUGGAGUCCCAGACCAAACCCGGCUUCUUCCUGCACGCCACGCUGCCUCGCCUCCACCUGCUCAAAUACAGGCACACCGACAGUUUUCGCAAAGCCACGCUGUUCAGACUGACAGGCCCCAGCUCAGACACCCCGCCGGGUCCUCGGUGUCAGUGGAGGUACGACUCCUGCAUCAGUCCGUGUUUCAAGACCUGCAGCGACCCGUCGGCUGAGGCCUGCGUCACCAUCCCACAAGUUGAGGGUUGCCUUCCCGUCUGUCCACCACACAUGGUCCUGGAUGAAGUCACCCGUCGGUGUGUCUACGUUGAAGACUGUAUUAAGGUCCCAGUUGUUGCUCAGCCUGUAACACCAUCCACCGCUCAGCCGACCUCUGCAGCUGUCACUUCUGCAACCACCAGCACCACAUCCUCCACUACUCCCAUUAGGACCACCACCACCUCCUCCUCCACUCCACACACCGCUCCAACAACUAAACUCACCACCACUAAUCCUGCUGUGAGCUCUCUGACCACCACGUCUGAGGCGACCCCACCGGUCACUCCGUCUCCUGCUGCAACUCCUGAACGUCCCAGAACAACAGAACCUCCAUAUCCCCCAACAGCGCCCCCUUCUGUGAGGCCAGAGGUGGAGGAGCCGUUGUCUACUGUCAGAGUGACUGAAGCUUCACCCACGACUGUUAAAGACUCAACAACAUGGACGAGCACGACGCCGAGCUCCACUCUCAGCCCCGUUGGACCCAGCACAGCCAAGACAAGCACGGCUCCGUUUGCCAUCACGGCUCUGUUCUGGAUCACCUCCACCACGAAGCCCGCCGACUCCCUGCCGCCCUUCUUCACCACCCAGCUGCCAACGACCACAACUUCUGUAGAGGGUCCAACUACAAUCAGAGCUCCGACAACUCUGCCUCCAACCGAAGAGACCACACAGACCACAACACAUUCAGCAGCAGUUACUCCGAUUGUAACGUCUUCCAGUCCGACUCCGGUUUCAGAGACUUCAGUAGUAACGGAGAAAACCACUGUUCCCAGUACAGCUACCACUACGUACACAGACACCAGCACUAAACCUGCAACAGAGGAGAGAACAACUACAACAACGACGACACUCACCCCUCCUGGUUUACCGACCACAGCCUCCACAACACCUUCACCUCCACCGGCUUCACCUGCUGUAGAAACAGGAACUACAUCUUCACCAGCAGUCACUUCAACAACAACUAAACAAUCAGUCACACCAGUCUCACCUUCCAUUACCAGUAAAACAACACCACACACACCUCCAGAGACCACACCACCACCCGUUAUCACUGAGAGGAUCACACACAUCAGCUCUACUCACCUGAUCACUUCCACAGCAGUUCCUGAGUCACCUACGACAACCGUUGUCCAUGCUGCACCAACUACAGCUGCUCCAUCUGUCUCCACCUCCGCCACUACAGACUGGAGAACAACUACAAAGAAAGUGACCACGCCUGAAUCCACUGCCUCUGAAUCACCCGUAGUUACCAUGACAACAGCUGCACCUCCACCUCCAAAGAUAACAGAAGCCAAACUUGUUUCCACAUCCACGACCUACACUGAGAGAACCUCCUGGUCUGCAGCCGUCCCACUAACGGAGAGAACCACCACUACAACCUCAAGACCUCCAGAAGUUCCAGAGACAUCCACCAUGUCCACAGGUUCUUCAGACACAACAAAAGCAACUGUACCAUUAGCAUCUCCAACACAGACCACCGAUAGACUGACAACAACCGAGGCCUCCACCCGUCCUGUCACUUCUGAGAGGACCACUGAGCCGUGGAUUCCCCCUCAUCGAGAGACCACCUCCACCCCGGUGUACAGACCCACAGUGGAGACAACACCAGAGAUCACUUCUGAAGCUGUCAUCCAUGUGGUGACUAUGACUAAAACCACCGAAGUCCCUCAGCUUCCAGCUACAUCAGAGCCGACUGUCACCUCUGCAACAUCCACCACUUUCACCACCACCACUACUCAAACUACAACAUUGCCUGAAAUGUCAACAUCAGAAAGCGAAGCCACAACAACCAGAAAACUGGUCACACCUCCACCUCCACCUGUGCCUGCUACUCCUGAGACACACCUCACCACCACCCCUACAAGAUCACCACCUGCUGUUGUUACCACCGCUCUCAGACCUGUCGUUGUUCAACCGAUUACAGAAACAACACAUCCAGUGACUGGCAGCGUGCAGGUGUCUACUAGAGCUACAACCACGUUGCCUCCGUCUUGGUCGCCGCUCCACACAACGACCUCCACAGCAGCUCCACGGCCAACCACUUCCCUGGACAAAGUCACCACCCGGCUGGUUUCCACUUCAAGAGCUUCAGCCGCUGUGACAACGACCACCAUCACACGAACAACAACCGUCAGGACGACACCUAGAGUUCCUCUGACAACGAGAGUUACCCCCAGAAUCACGUCGACCGAGAGGUCAACCACCAGACCGGUCACUGCAAGGGUUACCAUAGCAACAAGGCCUUCCACAGUUACCACCAGAUCAACCACCUCUGGCCCACCGCCUGUUACGUCAAGUCCAGUUACUACAACCACAUCAGGACUGACAACUACGACUACCACAACGUCUGCUGAGUCUGUCACCACAGUGAGCACGACGGAACGUGUCGAUACAACCACAGCAUCCCGCCUCACCACCACAACUGGUCCAGCGCCUGUUCCAACUACAACAACCCUCACAGCAUCUACAGCCGUCCCCACAGCAACCACCAGACAGACAACCACAUCUGAGAAGACCUUGACAACCAAAGAGACUGAGCUGUCACCAUCCCAACCUCAUGUCCUCAUCUCCACCCAGGUGCCCAGCAUUCCCACUCCUGCUACAACUUCACUCCCAUCAGCCACCACUGCUGCACCAGACAGAGCAGAUCAAAGCAGUCCGGGUGUACCAACACCUCCAGCACCGACCUCUCCUCACACACCUGUGGAAACAACGAGCUACACAGUGGAGGGAACAACAUCUAUGACUGUGUCACCUACCAGGAUGUGCACCCCUCCGUAUGCAGAGAUUGUCGACGAAUGUACAAAAUACAUCUGCGUCAACAACCAGCUCAUCCUGUUCAACAAAUCCCAGAGCUGCCCCUUCACUGCCGAGCCUCCCAACUGUGGCCUGCUUGGUUUUGCCGUACUGGUGAAUGGAGACAAGUGCUGCCCUCAGUGGGACUGUCCAUGCCGAUGCUCGAUGUUUCCUGACCUGAACGUGAUCACGUUUGAUGGGAACAGCGUCGCCAUCUACAAGGCUGCCUCGUACAUCGUGACCCAGCUGCCCAACGAGACCGUCAGUGUUCUGGUUCAGGAGUGUCCCGCUGACUCCGAGUCUCUACUUCUCUGGAAUUUCACCAACCUGUGUCUGGUGGCGCUAAACAUCACCCACAACUCCAACCGCAUCGUCAUCAACAGGCUGCAGAGGAGGCUCUACAUCAACUCACGAUACGCCAGACCUCGGUUCAAAAAGUACGGCUUUGAGAUCUACGACACAGGAAACAUGUACCUGAUCCGCAGCCCGUCCGGCCUCAAGCUGCAGUGGUACCACAGCACCGGUAUGAUGGUGAUCGACACUGACAGCUUCAGCAACAAGCUGCCCACCAUGGGCCUCUGCGGUUUCUGUGACGGAGACCCGACCAAUGACCUGACUCUGGCCAACGGCACCACCGUGGGCGUAAGCGAGGACCCGGCUCUGUUCAUCGACAGCUGGCAGGUUCCCAACACCACCAGCUACGUCAGCCACAGCCGGCGCCGCGAGCUCAACUGCUCCACCAGCGACUGCUCCAGCUGCCUGCUCAUGCUGCAGAACCACGCCUUCACGCCCUGCCACGCCUUCGUCCCACCCAGCAUGUUUUGUGAGGUUUGGGUUCGAGACGCCGAGUACGUCAACAACCAGUGUGUGGCUCUGGCUGCUUAUGUGGCUUCCUGCCACAAAUUCAACAUCUGCAUUGAGUGGAGGAGUCCAGAUUACUGCCCCUUCGUGUGUCCCGACACUCUUCGUUAUCAGGCCUGUCUGCCGGCCUGCACGUCUCAGUCCUGCCCGAACCACGACUUUGAUUCCGAUCCGGACCAGUGUUCAGGCCUGACAGAGGGCUGUGUCUGCCCAGAGGGAACGCUCCUCCACCGGCCGUACUCUGCACUCUGCAUCCCUCCAGACAAAUGUGCCUGCACCGACAGCUCCGGUCUUCCUCGAUCACACGGCGAGGUCUGGAAAGCCUCGAAGGACGCUUGCUGCAUGUAUCGCUGCGACAAUGAUACCAUCGUUCCCGUGGAGUACAACUGCUCCAACAUGGCGGCUCCCGUGUGUCGCCGGUCAGCGGAGGUGAUCAUCAGUCUGGCCGACGACACCAGCUGCUGCCCACAGAAAGUCUGCGUGUGUAACCAGAGUCUGUGUGACCAGCUGCCUCCUGAGUGCAAAUACGGGGAGAAGCUGGUGUCCUACUACAGACUGGACUCCUGCUGUCCGGACUACGUCUGCGAAUGCGAUCCUGAACUCUGUGAGUCGGAUGUUCCCACCUGCAGAGACGACCAGACGCUGAUCGCCACCAGAGCUGACGGCAGCUGCUGUCUGGCCAACAUCUGCAUGUGUUCGUCCUGCGUGGAGGCGCCUCCGCUCUGUCAGGACGGCGAAAUGUUGACGGUCGACAGCAACACCACAGAUCGAUGCUGCCCGAGCUACCAGUGUGUGUGUGAGCCCUACAGGUGUCCUCAGCUCAGCUGUUCUGUUGGGAUGUCGGUGGUGUCGGUGUCGAGUCCGAGUCGCUGCUGUCCCAAUCAAACGUGUGAGUGCUCCUGUGAAAAGAUCGCUUCUCCAAAAUGUGGUCUGGGAGAGGCUGCUCAGCUGGACCGGGUCUUCCUGUCCGACCCACAGAACCAGUGCGCCUGCAAGAGAUACAAGUGUGUGCGUGAGGCGGUGUGUGUGUUUGGUGAGCGAGGCGUGUUGCGUCCGGGUCAGACUCUGGUCGAACACGGAGACGACGGUUUGUGUCACAGCCGUCAGUGCAGCCGCAGCCUCGACCCGGCGAGCGGCUUCCACCUGCUGCGAACCUCCAGCAUCAACUGCUCCGCAAACUGCCAACCAAACCAGAUGUAUGUACCUCCCAAAGACCAGUCUACAUGCUGCGGUGUCUGUAAGAAUAUUUCCUGCCUCUAUGAGCACGAAAAUGGAACGAUGGGGGUCUAUAAGCCCGGAAAGUCCUGGGUGUCAAACUGCAUGAAGUUCGACUGCGCCGACACUCUAUCUGGACCGACGCUCAUCUCCUACUCCUUCAGCUGCCCCCCCUUCAACGAAACCGAGUGUAUGAAGAUCGGUGGAACUGUCGUAAGUUACAUGGACGGAUGCUGCAGGACAUGCAAAGAAGACGGAAAGUCGUGUCAGAAAGUGACGGUGAGGAUGACGAUCAGGAAGAACGACUGCCGCAGCAACAGACCGGUGAACAUCGUGUCAUGUGACGGGAAGUGUCCGUCCGCCAGCAUCUACAACUACAACAUCAACACUUACGCUCGCUUCUGCAAGUGCUGCAGGGAAACGGGGCUGCAGCGGCGCUCGGUACAGCUCUACUGCAGUGGAAACGCGACCUGGGUCAGCUACACCAUCCAGGAGCCGACCGACUGCUCCUGCCAGUGGUCCUAAACACACUCAGUGUUCACAUCUGCAAAAACACAAGACGUAGAAGAAGAAGAAACAUCGGCCAUGUUGCUUUAGGGCUUUAGGAUGUUGGGAGGCUGUGAUUAGCAGGACGAGUGAGGGGCUCCGCUGGCAGUAAAUGAUAACACAGUAAGUCGCUGUGGUGCCUCUGCUGGCAGGGAGGUGGUACUGCAGAACUGCAGGCAGCUACAAAAAAUACAUUUACUCUCCCAGAGAAGUUAAAAAAAAGACAAGUGUUGCAAACAUGCGACACGAGGAUGGUGUUUUGAUAAUAUUUUAAAUAUUUAAAAAUAUAGGUAUUAAUAGUUGUGAUAGUAUUAAAUGACAUCAGACUGUGCACAUUGAAACAAUCUUAGGGUGCUUUAAUCAUCCUCCUGUUCAUACUGGCCAUUAAAAAUCCCCUUUUAAUCACAGUUUAACUAAUGGGAGACACAUUUGUGGUUAUCUUACUACAAAAUUUUGUACACAAAUGACAAAUUUCUGUUUCCUGGACACUUAAGGUCUUCUUGCUGAACUUUGUAUGUGUUACUGUAACAAAGAGCGAGAUAUGUAUUAAAAAGACAGAACACAGGGGAUAUUCAGGUCCUCAAAAGGCUUUCAAAUAUUGAUUUUAAAGGUAUCAAUUUUGUCGAUUAAUUUUACAAUUUAAUCGACAAGACAUUUUUGUAGCCUAAUGCUAGCUGUAGCAUUAAUUAGAAAAGUUUCCACACAUUGUCGCAGAUUUCUCUCAAAUCUCUUAGAAAUGUCAUAAAAUAACCCUAAAAUAAUUGAGUAUAUUUUAAAUCCAUACAUUAUCCAGGAAUGGCAGUUAGAAGUUUAAAAAAAAAAUCAUGGAUUUUUUUCUCAAAAACUCAUUAUUAGCAUUGCCAGAUCUACUUGAAUAAUUUUAGCAGCAGCAGAUUUCCUUCCAGUUUAUUGGAGUUGUUUCACAUAUUCAGAUAUAUUUCAUAUUUUCAAAUAAGAUAUUGACAAAUUAACACUUUUAAAAUCCUGCUGUUCAGAGUUAAACCUUCUGCUUUACUGCUUUUCUGUGCUGCCAUCUCCCUGCCAGCCUGCAGAGAAAAGAACAAUGAAGGAAAAAGUGAAGUUGUUUAUUUUCUCUCAGAGCAUAUCUGAGCUGCAAAGCAACAACAAAAAAAUCACAUAUUUAAAGAAGGUUUUCUUAAAGGGAUGCAGAUAGUCAGGAAACAAGUUGACAUUUUACCCAGAACUCCUCAUGUUGUGCCUUGUUUUUGUAAAUAAUUGAACUCCCUACCUUUCUAAAAUAAUUUUCAAUAUCAAAUUUUUCUAGAUGUUACUCUUAGAGAGACGACAAUAUAGUGUAUAUUCAGCGAUGUGAAAAAUACUUUCUAUAAUCAACACUAGCGAGUCAUAUUAACUGAUUUAAAUCCAGCUGUAUGUGGAGCACUUUAUUUAUUUAUUGGAGUUCGAUAGCCGUAAACAGUCUGAGAAGAGAAGCAUUCGACCCAACUGGAGAACAAACACACACAAGUGGAAACAAAACUCUGAUUUAUUCCCGAUUUCAGAGAAAAGAACAUAUUAGGAGAACACGGCGGCGUGUUGUAGAUGCAUGUUUUCUCUGCACUAAAUUCUUAACGUGUUACCAACAGGCCCACAUGGAUAGUGGAGUUAAAGAGGAUUUGUAUCAUACAAGUGUACAUUUGCAUUUUCAAUAAAUAUUUCUUCCGAAACCUCA